GCUAGUCAGUUCUUCUAGGGCAUACUUUUGCUUCAACAGGAAAUAUUAUUGGCCCACAGCUCAAGAUUGAAUUCCCCCACUGCUCAGGCUUCAUGUUUCUGUACCAUGAAGGGAAGAUACUUUGCAUUUCAUCCAGAUCAAGUUGCACAAAGUCACAGAGCCAAAGAGUGGCAGAACUCAUUCAAAUUUAGUUGCAAUCAACUCCAAGAACAGUCGUGCAAUCUCAGGCCAGCCUGGAAGUGAAAAUGGAUUCAAACCGCUUCAAAAGAAGAAAUAUCCUGACUAUAAAGAACAGAUAUUAAUAUCUGAAUGAAGACAGGCGGAUCUGAAAAUUUCCUCAUAAGAUGCCUCUGUGUCCUGCUAAUACCAUUGGGAGCUAUUGCCCACAAGAAUGGAGCUCCCUGUGCUCGGUGCCCACGGAAUGCCCACUGUACCAAUGCCAGCUCCUGCCGCUGUGAUCCUGGAUUCACUUCACUCUCUGGAAAGGUCAUCUUUAGCACCUCCUCGGAGGUCUGUACAGAUAUCAACGAGUGUGGCCCACCUUUAUACAUGUCUUGUGGAAGCCUUGCACAUUGUCACAACGUGGAGGGGAGUUACUACUGUGAGUGUGCCCCUGGGCACGAGCUCCUUUCAGGAGGCACAAAAUUCCAAAGCGAGAAAGAGAACACUUGUCAAGAUGUGGACGAAUGCAGCUCCGGAAAACACCAAUGCCACAACACCACCCACUGCAUCAAUGUGAAGGGCAGCUACAAAUGCUACUGUCACCAUGACUGGGUGGCCAGAUCCAGGCCUCUACAUGGUCUGAACUUCACCAUCUGUGAAGAAGUCUCCUUCCCCUCAUGGACAUCACCUUCUGGAGUCAACAGCCAGAGUCUCUCCCGCUUCUUUGACAAGGUCCAGCAGUUAUCCCAAGACUUCAAGCCAGCUUUGGCCAAGAACACCAUCCAGGACCUCAUGCAGGAAGUAGAUGAGCUGCUGGAGACCCCAGGGGACCUGGAGACCUUGGCCCCUUCAGAGCAGCACUGUGUGGCCACUCACCUGCUCGUUGGCCUGGAGGAUGUCCUGAGAGUGUUGAGCAAGUUGCUGCCCAAUGGGCCACUGACCGCACAUGCUCCUGCAGGCACAGGACUGUCUCUGACGGUGCAGGACCAAGGAAUCGGGGAUGUCACCUUGGGCCAGAGCCAGGCAAAGAUGCAGCUGAAGUGGGAUGUGGCACAGGAAUCCAAUGACUUGGGUCCUUCUGUGGUGGGCCUCGUCUCCACUCCAGGGAUCAGCAAGUUACUGGCCGAGGCGCCCCUGGUCCUGGACUCUAAGCAGCAGACAGUUCUGCGUGAACACAGGGACUUCCUGGCAGGAGGCUCCCCUGUCCUGCUCUCAGAUGUCGUCUCUGCCUUUGUGAGCAACAAGGACACCCAGAACCUCGGCUCCCCCGUCACCUUCAUCUUCUCCCACCACUUGGUGACGCCCGGGCCAACGCAGAAGGUGUUCUGUGUCUUCUGGGAGCACAGUCAGGACGGAUGUGGUCAUUGGUCCACCACGGGCUGCAGGAUGGUGGCCACCGGAGACGCCAGCACCACCUGCCAGUGCUCCCACCUCAGCAGCUUUGCUGUCCUCAUGGCCCACGGCCACAUUCAGGAGGAUCCCGUGCUGGCUGUCAUCACCUACGUGGGGCUGGGCCUCUCUCUGCUGUGCCUCCUCCUGGCAGCCCUCACCUUCCUCCUGUGCAAAGCCAUCCAGAACACCAGCACCUCGCUCCACCUGCAGCUCUCCAUCUGCCUCUUCCUGGCCCACCUGCUCUUCCUCACGGCCAUCGACCAGACCAAGAUCAAGCUGCUGUGCACCAUCAUCGCGGGAGUCUUACACUAUCUCUACCUGGCCUCCUUCACCUGGAUGCUGUUGGACGGUCUACACCUCUUCCUCACGGCACGCAACCUGACGGUGGUCAACUACUCCAGUGUGAGCAGGCUCAUGAAGUGGCUCAUGUUCCCUGUGGGCUAUGGAGUCCCAGCUAUAAUAGUGGCCAUUUCUGCUGCAUCCAGACCUUCCCUUUAUGGAACACCCACCAGAUGCUGGCUCCACACAGACAAAGGAUUUGUAUGGACCUUCCUGGGCCCCGUCUGCACCAUCUUCUCCAUUAAUCUGGCCUUCUUUCUGAUGACCUUCUGGAUAGUGAAAAACAAGCUCUCCUCCCUCAACAGAGAUGUGUCCACCCUCCAGAACACCAGGAUGCUGACAUUCAAAGCGACGGCUCAGCUCCUCAUCCUGGGCUGCACGUGGUGUCUGGGUGUCCUGCAGGUGGGGGCAGCUGCCCGCAUCAUGGCUUACCUCUUCACCAUCAUCAACAGCCUGCAGGGAGCAUUCAUCUUCCUGGUGUACUGCCUCCUCAGCCAGCAGGUCCGGGAGCAGUACGGGAAAUGGUUCAGAGGGGUCAGGAAAGCCAAAGCCGAGCCUGAGAAUUACACGCUCUCAAGCGGGACCGUGUCUGAUGCCUCCAAGCACAGUGCGGCUCUCCAUUCUUCCAACUCCUCACAUCCCCCACAUUCGGAAAGCCUACUUCCCGGCUUCACAGAAUCCCCAGUGCCCAAGCCUUGAGUUCCUGAUCAUGUUUCUGGAUUGCUGACCCCCCCAACACUGACACUUCAAGCCCACUUACUGCAGAUGCACAGUCUCAGAUUCAGGAGACAAGAGUUUCUGGUGUCCAGGCUCCUCUAGGCACAAACUUCCCGUUUCCAGAUUCUGCGGAU